AUGGACGCCCGCCUUCGCCGGGUAAACAAAGAGAUUGCAGACUGCAAGAAUGACAAGGCAUCCCAAAUCGCCAUCGACCUUGUCGAGAACUCUCCAUAUCACCUCAUCGGUUCCUUCGAUGGUCCGGAAGGCACCCCCUACGAGGGUGGCCAUUUCGAAGUCGACAUCGUGAUUCCAGAUUCGUAUCCAUUCCAACCCGUCAAGAUGAAAUUCAUCACGCGAGUGUACCACCCAAACGUCUCUUCCGCUUCCGGCGCAAUCUGUCUGGACAUCCUCAAGGAUGCAUGGUCGCCAGUGCUCACGCUCAAAUCCACUCUCAUCUCCCUCCAAUCUCUUCUCUGCUCCCCAGAACCGCGCGAUCCGCAGGAUGCAGAGGUUGCGAAGCAUUACAUGACGAGCAAGAGUAGCUUCGAGGACACCGCGCGGUACUGGACUAUGAUUUAUGCAGGUGGCCCUGGUGACAAGAGCAGUGGGAAGGCGCGGAGUGGAGGUCACAACGAUCCCAUCGCAAUGGCCGGGCUAGACAAAGCGCAUGUUGACCGGUUUCAGGCAAUGGGUUUCGAUCAGGCAAAGGUGAUCGACGUAUUGCGACGGUUGAACUACCGUGGCAGGAAUGUGGCGGAGAUCAACGAUGACAAGAUCGUAGAGGAGCUCCUCAAAUGA